AGGAGCAGGAGGGCAGUGCAGUCCUGUUAAGCAGCGGAGCAACGGGAAAACCCCUGGCCCAGCAUCUCAAGGCUGCUCUGCUCAAGAGCCUUUGAGCAUACCCCAAAUCCCUGUUCCGCUUGGCUGUGCUGGGUUUGGGCGCUGUCGUUCUGCUCGGAUGCUCCUCAUCACGCUUUAGCAAAGAUGGGCUGAAUGGGGAGGGAAAGUUGCUUCCUGCAGUUUGCUUUUUCAGCCGGCUGUCCGUGAACAGCACGGGAUUGCUGUCCCGGGCCAGGGAACAGGGAACAGGCUGUGCCCGCAGGCGCCGCAGGAAGGAGCCCCGCGGUCCCACUGCCCUGAGCCGCUGCUGCAGGGGAUCCUCGUCAGCCACUGGGACAGAGCUGCCUCUGUCCCUGCAGCCUGGAGGACAGGCAGCAAGGGCUUUGGGAUCAUCCAGUUCCGAAGGGUAACAUCCAGUCCAGCUCCAACAUAGAUGUUGGGGUCACAGGUUUGUUUAUGGUCUCAGCUCUGACUUGGUGCAUCCUCUGUGAUCGAAUCCAGAAUGGUUUUCCUUGGGCUUGAAAGCAGAGCUGGAACCACAGAGUUUGUGUAGAAGUCUCCAAAAAUCACUUCCAGGGUCCUGGCAUGCCUUGGCACUGUCUAUCCAGGGAUCAGGAAGUGUUUCACAAAUGCAGCCAGGGCAGGUUUGUGAUCUCUGGGCUAAUGUGAGAAACUGAGGCAGACAGGGGACCAGUGACUUACCCAAGGUCCACAAGGAGGCCUUGGCACACCUGGGAAAGGUGUAAGAAGCACCUGGAUCCUAAACCUCUUUAGUCCAAGACCUGUUUGCCAGCUCUGGCAGCAGCCCCUGUGUUUCCCAGGGCUCCUCAGAGGAUCUGAUUUAAGGCAUGAGGACAGCAGCAUUACCUAAUUCUGCUCUUUAUACCCAGGCAUCUAUGAGAGCAUAGUCUGGCAUACUUGAGUUUUAAUUAUUUUUUUUUUAAACAGAGAUUUUAAGAUUUAGUAUUUCUGGGGUUCAAAGGUAAACAGGCCUGUAUGAAUAAUUUCUGAUUCCAUUUGCUGCUGCUAGUACUAAGAUUUGCCAAAAGCAGCUUUUAAUGGCAAGUCAACCCCAUUAGUCUUGAAGGGUGUGUGAUACAUGUAGAGAUAUGAAAAUUCCCAGGAAAGGGUAUUUCAAGUUCUGUAGUGACCUUCUAUAACUUUGACUGUGUUAUUUUAAAGGAACUUUGCUUGCCUAUGCACCAUUUCUCUAGGAAUGUAAAAAUCCAACAACCAUCACAAAAGCCAUUCACAUUAGCAGCCUCCUUGUGAAUUUUAAUUAACAGGAAAUGCCACUCACGCAUUGAAAUUCAACAUCCAGAAUAUCUCUGCUUUGCUCCUUUGAUGUUCCCCAUCCACUCCUGGACCAACAUCCAUAUGUUCUCCUGAGACACUCGGAGGAAAAUAAUUUUGGUUUAUUUACAGUAGGAAAGCAUUUUGUCCUUGUCUUUUAUCCCAGAAGCAUUCGAGUUGCUUUACAAACUGUUCACAUGGAGGAGCUGCUCUGUGAGUCCUUACAGCAGAGAGUGAUUCCAGAGCUGUGCUCGUCAGUUUGCACUCAGCAGCGAUGCUGGAAUUUCAGGAGAGACAGGGAAAGAUUCCUGAAACAAAUGAAAGUGCAGCAUGAUAGGGACUUCAGCUAUUACACGUUAGAUAGCCCUGGUUCCCUUAUCCCAUUUAUCCCUCAUCAGUCGCUGAAAGGAUAUUGCUGGGAUUUCCCUAUAUUUCUAUAGUAGUAACCUAAGAAGACAUGAUCUGGCUCUGUGUUACUGCAAGUUGUUCAUUUGCAUGUGAUUUUAACAAGCAAACAGCCACCCCUAAUUGGUUAAUCUUUCCCAUACCCUCAAUUCCUCGAAUGGGCAGAAUAACAUGAUCCACAGGUGCUGAUGAUACUGCCAUGGAGAAUUAUCUUCAGACUUAAAUCAUUCUAUUUUAGCCCUUCAUUCAUCUUCUUUCUCCAGUCAUUUUCUUAAACUGUAUAGUUAAUUUACCCCACCCUCUACCUGGGGCACAGUGUCACCAUGACAAGGUUGCGCUGUCAGCACAGGUUGAACUUGCAGGUGUCUUGGCACAGGCCCACCCCAAACACUGCAGUCUGCAAUCAGAACUGAGUUUAAAACCUCUGUGCUGGUGGGUACAAGCUCAGUCCUCAUCCCUAGUCCAGGUAAAGCCAGGCUCUGUUUCCUGGCAGUGAUGCCAGUGGAAUCCUCUGCUGCCUCAUAGUUCCAGCAAGCUGCUCACAGGCAUGUGGGGCUCAGUUUCCUCCUGUAGUGCUAAAAAGUCAAAAUUGGUGAUGUUAGAAAAUUUUAGAGCUUGAGCUCUACAGAGACUGGAGCUUGUCAAGAAAGCAAAUGCCCUUUAUACCAUCUGGAAAUGAAACAGGGUGGGUAAAAGGCACCUUGGAGCAUCCUGGGAGGACAUAGUGUUCCUCCUUAUGUUCAUCAGUUUUUCUUAGGACUCUCCCAACCACAGAGUAUUUCUUUUUCAGAACCAAGAUGAGCCAGACCUCAGGGUCCUUGAGCAGAGUGUGACCACAAGAUGUCACAGUUGCUUCGUUGCGAUGCGUGGUCCUGCCUUUCCCGUGUCGCAAUCCUGCCCCUUUCCCGCUCCCAGCCUUCACCUGCUGUUCUCCAGGUAUCCCUAGAAACACACACACAGGUAUUGGAGUUUUUUGCUGCUGUGUUUUGUUUGUUGGGGGUUUUUUUUGGCAAAGAAAACUUGUUCAUUUUGUUCUGGGGAAGGUUAGGCAUUUAUGUUUCUAGCUCAUUUACAGGUAGUUCAUGGUAUAAAAUCAAAGUGACCCCAGAUUUAUGCCCUUGCUCUAGGUCCAGCCAGCAGAGUUUUGAGUUGAGCCAGAAGAAAAAAUCUGACUGCAAACAAACACUUCUUGGUGCUGCCAGAGUUACUGCUCAGUAUCCCCACAGACCUCAGGUGCCUUUGCCAGAUGAUGUAGCAGACUCAGAAAACACCGCAAUGUUGUGGACUUGAGAGGAUGAGAGCCCGUGUCUACUGUGAAGACUUUCUGUUCCCAAAGGUGCACAGAACUGUGGCAGACCUAUGGUGGAUUUACUCCAAACCUGUCCCAGCAGAUGGCAGAGAGCUGUGGACCUUGUUUCUGCAGUGUUCCUGCAUUACAGCAGUGAUAGGAGGCCUCUUUUACAACUGGAUGUUUGCUUCCCUGGAGUACUCCUGGCACCUCUCCAUUGCCAUGGCCAUCUCCUUCAGUCUGCUCCUUCUCCUGACCCUCCUUUUGGUGCAUCCUGCCCGUUGUGUCUUCAGCAUGAUCAUGCCCACGUUAGGCACCAAACAGGGCCGGAAGCUUCUCUUCUCAACCUGCGUCAUGAUCGCAGUGGUGAACAUAACACCCAACAUCAUAAACAACAUUAAAACCAUACUGCAGCUUAUUAAGUGCACCUGCAAGAACUCCUCUGACAGUCUUCUGAACUCAACUGCCCUGCUAGAGAAAGUUUCCUGGGAGUUCGGGGAUGCAGUCCAAGAAAGCGUUCCUUCCCUUUAUAAGCCUAUGAAUGGACAUUUUCGCUUUUCAUUGCUUCAGAACAGCUCCUUGAUUUAUCAAAAAAUGCACCUUGCCAGUGAGAAAAUUAGCAGAGAGUUCUUGUCUGUUGAGGUACUGGUCAAAGACUCAAUACGAGUAGCCAACAGACUGGCUGCUGGUUUCUCCAUGCUCUAUCUCUGUUUUGAGUCCACCUGGUAUUUGAAAAAUUAUCUCACCAACCUCCGCUUCGACAAUUUUUACAUCACCAAGAAGCUGGAGCGUUUAGCUGUGGACAGAAAAGCAGCUCAUCUGCUGGUGGGCUCAUCCAAAAAACUCAUCCGACCAACAGGCUUGAAGCUGUCCUGGGAAGAAGUGGUGCUGUGCCUCAUGCAGGCCAUGCUGGUCACCGUGGCCCUGAUGCUGAUGUUGGUGGUCGUGGCCAUGGACCACUUUGCGUUCAGCGUGGCAGACACGGCGGUGAGAAGGGCAGCUCAGUUCUCUGUGGUGCCCAUCACUCUCAACAUCAAAUACAAGGUUGAAAUACGCAUCGUGCCCUUUAUAUUCCAACUUUUACCGGGUCCUUCUAAGGAAUUACUACUCGGGGACUUCAACAGGACCUACCACCAUCAUUUAAUCUUCAGCUCUGCCCACUGCAGGAUCAGCCCCCCCACGCCUCCCAACCCCUCUGUGCUGCUGGUUAUAGGGCUGCUCUUCUGCAUCCUCUACGCCACCGUGUUCCUGGAAACCUACGCUCGCCGCCUGUGCCGGAAAAUCGCAGCCUCCUUCUUCCAGAGCUGGGAGGAGGAGCGAGUGCUUUACCUCUACAGGAAACUCUCCAGGAGGCACAGGAAGGAGCACAAUUGUGUGAAGGGUGCUUUUGGAAAUCAGGGGGAUGUCUGACACCACAGCACAGGCUUCUGCCACAGGAUCACACAUUUAAUUUUCCAGAGUUAGAGAAGUGUUCGGAGCCUGGGGGAAAAGUUGAAAUGUCAUAUUUUUACAUUAAUUUGAG